AAUGAAAUCUCAUACCAAUCUUUAAGUCUUCAUUCCAAACCAAAUUAUGCUUACCAAUUGGUUACACGAACAUGUAACUUUGGAAAAUACUAAAGAGACUACAUUUACGCACAACUUUUUUAAUAAAGGCGAUACACAAUGUAAUACAUAAAUGUAAUUUCUCCAACAUUUCUCGUAACGUAUGCGUCAUCUUCUAGUUAACUAAUCAGGGUGUUGUAUAAACUCUCUACUAGAGAAGAAAGAAACCCACAAAUGUGGUCCCACGUAGAUGAGUUUAACCAGUUGAGGAAAUAGAAAAAGUUCACUCAUUUCCUUUAUCAACCGUUUGGAACCAGUGGCAUGCAACAGCCUAACCGUCGUAAUAAAGUAAAACUCCAGGUACCUUUUGAAGAUACGUUACUUCUGGGAAGCUUCUUGCUUUCUCCUUUUUUAUCUGCAGCAUAUCGAAAACCUUGGACGGAAGUCUUUCUGCCUCUCUCUGCUGUACCUCUCUACAUUUGUCCACAGACUCGACAGCACUCAGCUCAACUGUUCAACAUAUUAUGACAAAACCCCAACUCUCAUCACUCUCACUCUCAUUUUCUCACACAAGCAAUUCCACAAACACCUUCCCUACACUCUUCAUUCUCGCGUUCUCGCAACCACAAACCAUGAUUCAACGAUCACACCAUUACCGGCGAAACCACCUCCACGCUGUUCCUCCGGCGACCUCCGGGAGGGCUCUAGCGCUUCAUACGUUUCCUCCGGAGAGUGGCACCGGAGAGCUCGUUCGCCGGCGCGGCGGCCUCAUCUCCGUCCCCGUGAAGCUUUGGUCGCCGCCGGAGACCCACCGCCGGAUGACGAAGCUCCUUCUAAACGUGACGAUCGAGAGGAGCUUAGGACCUGUGCAGGUGGUAAUGUCGCAGGAGAACACCGUCAGCGAUUUGAUCAAGGCGGCCGUAGAGAUUUACGUGAGGGAGAAGAGAAGGCCUUUGGUGAAGGAGACCGAUCCGCACCGUUUCGAGCUUCACUACUCGCAGUUCAGCUUGGAGAGUUUGAAGGGAGAUGAGAAGUUGAUAAAGUUGGGCUCUAGGAAUUUCUUUUUGUGCAGCUCAAAGUCAAAGCCCUCUGCCAAUCAUUCUAAUUACUGCGGGGAGGCAAAGAAGGAAACCAGGAAUUCUCCAUUUCCUUGGGCAAAGUUUAUGGAUUUCUUGCUGUAAAUUCAUGUUGCUUUUUCAUUAUGUAUUUUCAGUUAUACUUUUUUUUCUUUCUCAAUAUUAGAAUAUUAGAAUAGGUCAUGCGUUCGAAUUCUCACUCCUCCAUUAAAUUAGAAAAAGUUUGGAUUUUGAAUGUUCGGUCUUACAUGCAUUAGACUGGGCUAGCCUUUGGUAGCCUUCAUGGGCUUUUUUCUUUUGUUAGGUGGAUCUCACUAUGGUAAUGUUUGAUUCGAUGUUGGGCCUAUUUGACUAGCUCUUACUCGCACAAGUAUUGGGCUUAUGCAUUUUUUUUAUUUCC